GACAUCAUGAUGGAGGAUCACUGGCCCCUCAUAUCACCAGUAAAGAAGAAGAGAAGAACACCGGAGAUAUGUCCCAGUCCUCUUCUUCCACAGGAUGGUUCAGAAGAACAUCACAAUGUCCCACAGGAUGAUCAGCUUGUGAAUCCGGGUGAAGAUCUGAACAAUAUUAAUCCUACAGAGACAUAUGUGAGGGGUGAUGAGCAGAGUACAGAGGACAUUCCUACAGAUAACCGCCCAGAUGACUGUACCAGGAACUUAGAGAAACAUCUGGUAUCUUCAGAUUUUGAAGUAGAUGAUCGUGGUAUCAUAGAAGAUAUAUAUGAAGAGCAUGCCAAUAUCCAAGAUAUACCCUCAUCCAAUCACAGGAAAAAUGUAUUAUUUGAUCCUUUUAAACAGGUCCGAUCUUCUGAUUCAUCACAGACUGUAACGCAGAAUAAAAGUCACCGAAAAGGUGUUAAACAUCCAACAGCUCACGUAAGAGAGAAGACAUUUUCAUGUUUAGAAUGUGGAAGAUGUUUUAGAUUUAAAUCAGAAUUAGUGAGACAUCAGAGAAAUCACACAGGGGAGAAGUCGUUUUCAUGCUCAGAAUGUAGUAAAUGUUUUAAGCACAAAUCAGCUCUUGUUAUACAUCAGAGAAAUCACACAGGGGAGAAGCCAUAUCCAUGUUCAGAAUGUGGGAAAUGUUUUAAGCAGAAAUCCGAACUUGUUAUACAUCAGAGAAUUCACACAGGAGAGAAGCCAUUUUCAUGCUCAGAAUGUGGGAAAUGUUUUAAGCAUAAAUCAACUCUUAUUAGACAUAAUAGAGUUCACACCGGGGAGAAUCCAUAUCCAUGUUUAGAAUGUGGCAAAUGUUUUAAGCAGAAAUCCGAACUUGUUAUACAUCAGAGAAUUCACACAGGGAAGAAGCCAUUUUCAUGUUCAGAAUGUGGGAAAUAUUUUCAGGAUAAAACGGCUCUUAUUAGACAUCAGAGAGUUCACACAGGAGAGAAGCCAUUUUCAUGUUCAGAAUGUGGGAAAUGUUUUAACCAGAAAUCAGUUCUUGUUAGACAUAAAAAAACUCACAGAGAGAAGCCAUCUCCAUGCUUAGCCCUUUAGUGACCACCCUGUUUAUAUGGUAGUCAGUGUCGCUAUCUGGCUUUAUUCCAUCAGAUACUCCUUUUUAUAGGGAUAUAAAACAGAACAUUGCUUUGAGUUACCAGAGGUGUCUGAGGGCUUGGAAUGAUGAUUGGGACGGCUGUGAGAGCUCUCCAAAUACAUAUUGUCUCCUGUAUUGAAUGAAUACCGGUCAUCAAAGGACAGAUCCAGUUAAAAGUGAAAGUGUAUAAUAUAUAUAUAUAUAUAUAUAUAUCCCCUCUUAACAAAAUUUGUUUGGUGAGAGAAAAAAAUUAAAAAACCUAUAGGGCCUGAUAUAAAAAGAUAACUAUAUUCUUAUUCCAGCCCCAGUCUGUUCUACCAUUUAUAAGUAUUUGUAAAAUUAAAAACGUCUAUUAUGAGCUUGUCAAGAAACCAUCAGCUCUUACUGGGUUUCAUCAGUAAUGUGCAAGUUCUCCCAACAAGUGACCCAGAUGAGGAUUGCCUCAUUACAUAGAAGCCAUUACUCGCCCUCUUAAAGGAAUACCAUCUUAGUCUAUACACCCUGACCAAAAUGUACCUGUACAGUCGUGGCCAAAAGUUUUGAGAAUUACAUAAAUAUUGGAAAUUGGA